AUGGGUCCCUACCAGGAUCGCUGGCUGUUCCCGCUCUCACAUUCCUCCCUGUCGCCACCCUCCCUUCCCCCGCCCACUCCAUCCACCCUAUCGGCCCUACCCUACCACUACCAGUCCCUUCAGUACUGCUCCCUCUCCGGAUCCCUCCCCCCUUCUCUCACCCUCCUCCCCCUCCUCUCCUCCCUCCACCUCUCCCACAACCUCCUCUCGGGCCCUCUCCCUCCCCUCCUCUCCUCCCUCUCAGCCCUCACCACCCUCCACCUCUCACACAACCUCUUCUCGGGUGUAAUCCCUGACCCAAUCUGUGACAUGCGCAUGGUUGCUGACCUGGAUCUAUCGGCCAAUCAGCUGCAAGGGACCAUUCCUCCCUGUCUCGUCGAAAUGCCCACUCUCCGGAUUCUGUCAGUCGCAUUCAACAACCUGUCAGGGCCUGUUCCUGAAUUACCCGACGGCAGCGAGCUACAGUUCAUCUACGACCACAAUUGUCUGGACGACGCGCCUGAGCAGGCAUGCACUGCAGGCCUCCAUGCCACCCCUUAUGUGCCUCCCACCGUCCAUCCCACCUUUGGCAUACGUGCUCCUAGCGCUGCUCGAUGUCACAGUGGCAUGUGUUGCCCUCUUUCUCAAUCCUCUUCUCCCUCUUUCCAAUCCUCCUCUCCUUUUCCUCCUCCCUUUCACCCACCAGCGUCCAUCCCACCACUGGCGUACGUGCUCCUAGCGCUGCUCAUCGUCACAGUGAUAUCGUCAAUACCACCUCUGGCAUAUGUCCUGCUAGCGCUUCUAAUCGUCACGGUGGUGUGUGUUGUGCUCUUUGGCCUCUUCGGCACAGUGCAUCACAUCAAAGUGAAAGCCAGCAAGAAGAAACAGAUGACCCAUCUGCCAGAGUUCUCGGUGUCACGCCUCCGUGCCGCAACCAGAGGCUUUUCCACGGAGCACGGUAGAGGGAGCUUUGGGACUGCUUAUAUCGCGUACGACCUCUUUCCAGAGGGCAGCGGAGGAGCGGAAGGAGGAAGGGGGCAGGGAGCAGCACAUGGGCAUGGGCAUGGGUACAUGCAGGCGAAUUCCCAUGCCAUGCUGCCUGCUGUUCCAAACCCGGAGAGACACGGGUUGUUGAAACGAGCUCGCGACCCUGACAGCUUCUCGGAAUCUGCCUUCUGUCAGAAGGUGGCACUGCUAGCAGCAGCGAGCAACAGCCACCCGUGCAUGGUGCAUGUGAGGGGGUUCUGUGCGAAUGGCGGGGAGAGGAUGGUGGUACUCGAGAUGGUCACAGGAGGCACACUGCGCCAACGCAUGAUCCGAGGGGAUCUGGACGCGCUGACGUGGCAGGAGAGGGUGCAAGUGGCAGUGGACGUGGCCUCUGCGUUGUAUCACCUUCACUAUAAUCACACGCCGCCUUUUGUGCACCGCGCUGUGACUUCAUCCAAUGUGCUUCUAACGGAGGACAUGACCGCCAAGCUGUCAGACCUAGGUUUGGCUCGAGGCAGCUCCGAUGCUUCGGGGUUUCGUCCGUUGCAGUCGUCCCUCGGAGUGGCGACGACAGCAGAUGUGCUGGCUUAUGGGGUGCUGCUGCUGGAGCUUAUAACGGGGCAGACUGCAGACGGGACAACACAGAUUGUUGCUACAUCCGCCCCGUUCCUGGACGAUCCACAGAUGAUGCCUUUAAUGGCAGACGCUCAGCUUGGAGGGCACUUUGAUCGGCCACAAUUGGAGGUGCUGGCAUCGCUGGCACGCGCGUGUGUGCUGGUGAGAUCACGUCUUGCUGUGCAUGUAUGCACAUGA